AUGAACGAAGCCGCAAUCCUCACAUCCCCAAACUCCCCACUCACCUUACACAUCCUCCCCAUCCCCAAACCUUCCGCCUACGAACUCUCAAUCAAAGUCUCCCUCAUCGGCAUCAACGCCAUCGAAGCCAAGAUCGCUAAACGUGGCACCCCACCACCGCCUUCCUUUCCCUUCGUCCCAGGCUCUUCCUACACGGGCACGAUCUCGGCUGUCGGUUCCAAAGUCACGAAACACCAAGUUGGCGACCGUAUUCUCGUUAGCAAGAGAUUCGGUACACAGGGCAACGAAUAUGGUGCAUAUCAACGCUACGUCCUCGUUGCUGCAGGGGAGAAGAUGGUAGUCAGAUUACCGGAAGACAUGAACAAAGAUGACGAAGCAGCGUUGGUGGCGCUGGUAAUGAACGCGAGUUGUGUUGCUGGUCUCUUCUCCGGGCGGCUGGGAUUGCGCAAGCCAGGUGAUGACGUCCCAGAAGAAAGAGAAGGAGAAAGAGAAAAGAUAUUGAUAUACGGCGGAAGUUCCAGUUUCGGUCGUUUAGCAGUACAGUACCUCAGAUGCGCAGGGUACGAUGUUAUCACAACGUCUUCACCACAGCACAUGGGUACUGUGCGUGAGCUGAUUGGGAGCAAGGGUAGUAUCAUCGACCACACACUUCCACCCGACCAGAUUAUCGCAGAACUCAGAGCGCAUGUACCUUACGAUGUCGUCGUGGACAUGAUAUCCACUCCCGAAACCAUCACCCUCGCAAGCCGCGUUCUGUCAGCGCAAGGCGGAGGCAAAGUCUUUGCUACGCAACCUGCUUUCAGUCCUGAGAGCUUGCCAGAGGGUGUAGAGAGGGUGUUUGAACCGUGGUCAGACUCGUUGUACGAGGAGGGGAAUGAGGGGUUGAUGGAGUGGGUUGUGGGGACGUAUUUACCGUUUGGCAUGGAGAAGGGGUGGAUGAGUGCGCAGGAGGUUGAGAUGGUUAAGGGCUUGGAGGGCGUUGAUUGGGUUUUGGAGAGGAUGGUAGAGGGAUACGGGGGUGGUAAGAGGUUUGUUGUUGAGCUUGGUAGGUAG